AUGUAUACCCUGAUCUCACUCUGCCUUCUCGGCACCUUUAAAAUUGCAUCAUCUACACCGAUCGUUGCCCAGACAGAAUAUGGACCGAUUGAGGGGAAAAUCGUUGAGAUGGGCGGUAUUGCAGCGGAAUUCUACAACUCAGUACCGUAUGCCGCGGAGCCCACCGGAAACUUGAGAUUCGAGAGCCCUCAGCCACCGAAAUCUUGGGAUUUCCCAAUUGUAACGGACUACGAGGUCAUCUGUCCACAGUAUCAUGUCGUACCGGUUGGUCCUUUGAAAGCC